AUGGACGCCAACUUCCGGGACUUUUACAAGAACGUAGACGUACCCGAGAACGAGGCUAGGUGGAAGAGGACCAAGACCUACAGUAAAGGCACGCCCGACGAGGCGACCCUAUCAAUAGAACUAUCCGAAGAUACGAGCAGUUUCGACAAGGAGCUAUACCUCAACGUAUUUAAUAACAUCAUCCACGGCUGCGACCCUAAGAGGGAGGACAAUCCGAUAACCUGGAAGUUUGGCGGCAAGUGGCCCCCAUACAAGGCCCCAGUCGGAGAAUGCAGGAGCCAGUAUAAAUUCUUCCUUAACUCCAUCUUCAUCCACGGCGGUAGCUGGGCUACUGCCGACUAUGGCCAGGAAACGCUGAAGAAGCGGGCGGGCGCCUGCAUUGGGUCCACCCCUACCUCGUGGAAGUUUUAG